AUGGAAUUGGCGCCGACCAACUUGGACCACGUGAUCCGACGGCUGGCCGCGGCUGGCCUGACUGCGAGCGCGGGCCACGGCAAGCUGUACGCGUACCAGAUGUUCAGGGGCUUGGGGUACGUGCAUGAGACGGCGGGACUGUGCCACAGGGACGUGAAACCAAGCAACCUGUUGCUGUACCCGGUCACGGGCGUGCUCAAGCUGUGCGACUUUGGCACCGCGAAGGACCUGUUGGACGGCGUGCCGAACACCCGGUACGCUUGUUCCCGCCACUACCGGGCGCCCGAACUGCUGUUCGACCAACCGCCCGACGCUCCCGACUACACCGUCGCUGUGGACGUGUGGAGCGCCGGUUGCGUGUACGCCGAACUCACGGCGGGCACUCCCCUGUACCCGGGCACGAGUGUUCCGCACCAGCGAGCGUUGGUCUCGCGCCCCCCAAUGUUCCCGGAAUGGGCCGCGGCCGACGCGAUCAGGUUGAUGGCGGCCACUCUUCAGUUCGACCCGUCCGCCAGGCCGACGGCGGCGGAAGCGUGCGACCACGAGUGUUUCGACGAGCUCAAACGCCCGGGCGGCCACCGCUUGCCGCCGCUGUUCGACGACUACAACGACUACGAUGCCGAUGACAACUACGACGACUGA